GGGAGGGAGAUCCGCCGCGGAGUUACGGGAAAAGUUGGUCCGAGUUCCCGGGAGUUUCCCGGUGUGGUCCCCUGCGUUCGGCCCGCGGCUUCCAGGCCCCUUUCCUCCCUACGGCCUUCACGGUCCACUCGGCCUCUCUUUCUGCUACCGGCCGCCAUGGAGCAGCCUCCGGCGCCCAAGAGUAAGCUAAAAAAGCUGAGUGAAGACAGUUUGACUAAGCAGCCUGAAGAAGUAUUUGAUGUACUGGAGAAGCUUGGAGAAGGGUCUUAUGGAAGCGUUUUUAAAGCAAUACAUAAGGAAUCUGGUCAAGUUGUUGCAAUCAAGCAAGUACCUGUUGAGUCAGAUCUUCAGGAAAUAAUCAAAGAAAUUUCCAUAAUGCAGCAAUGUGACAGUCCAUAUGUUGUGAAGUACUACGGCAGCUACUUUAAGAACACCGACCUCUGGAUUGUCAUGGAGUACUGUGGAGCUGGGUCUGUCUCAGACAUCAUUAGAUUACGAAACAAGACAUUAACAGAAGAUGAAAUUGCAACUAUUCUAAAAUCCACAUUGAAAGGAUUAGAAUAUUUGCAUUUUAUGAGGAAAAUACACAGAGAUAUAAAAGCUGGGAAUAUUCUCCUCAAUACAGAAGGACACGCAAAGCUCGCAGAUUUUGGAGUGGCUGGCCAGUUAACCGAUACAAUGGCCAAACGCAAUACUGUAAUAGGAACUCCAUUUUGGAUGGCUCCUGAGGUAAUUCAAGAAAUAGGUUACAACUGUGUGGCUGACAUCUGGUCCCUUGGCAUCACCUCUAUAGAAAUGGCAGAGGGAAAACCUCCUUAUGCUGAUAUACAUCCUAUGAGGGCUAUUUUUAUGAUUCCCACAAACCCUCCACCAACGUUCAGGAAGCCGGAGCUCUGGUCCGAUGACUUCACCGAUUUUGUCAAGAAGUGCUUAGUGAAGAGUCCUGAGCAGAGAGCCACUGCAACACAACUGUUACAGCAUCCUUUCAUCAAGAAUGCAAAACCUGUCUCAAUAUUAAGAGACCUGAUCACAGAAGCCAUGGAAAUCAAAGCCAAAAGGCAUGAAGAGCAGCAACGGGAACUAGAAGAGGAGGAGGAAAAUUCGGAUGAAGAUGAGCUGGACUCCCACACUAUGGUGAAGACGAGUGCAGAGAGCGUGGGCACGAUGCGGGCCACUAGCACCAUGAGUGAAGGGGCCCAAACGAUGAUUGAACACAAUAGCACGAUGUUAGAAUCGGACCUGGGGACCAUGGUUAUAAAUAGUGAGGAUGAGGAAGAAGAAGAUGGAACUAUGAAAAGAAAUGCAACAUCACCCCAAGUACAAAGACCAUCUUUCAUGGACUACUUUGAUAAGCAAGACUUCAAGAACAAGAGUCACGAAAAUUGUGAUCAGAACAUGCAUGAGCCCUGCCCUGCGACAAACAGUGUUUUCCCUGAUAACUGGAGAGUUCCUCAAGACGGAGACUUCGACUUUUUAAAAAAUCUAAGUUUAGAAGAACUACAAAUGCGACUGAAAGCAUUGGACCCCAUGAUGGAACGAGAAAUAGAAGAACUGCAUCAAAGAUACAGUGCAAAAAGGCAGCCCAUCCUGGAUGCCAUGGAUGCAAAGAAGAGGAGACAGCAGAAUUUCUGACCAGACGUCCUCUGACUCAGCAUGACUGGAGACCAAGUAGCCAUAAGAUCUGAAGGAAUUGUACUACUUUUUUUUACCCCUAAAAUGUAUAUUUUACAAUUUUGCAAAAGUCAAAAAUGAUGGUACACACCUAGCUAAAUAUCACGAAGGCAAACUUUACAGCCCAUUCCGACUUCUUUUUGAAGGAAGAGAGCAGUAGAAGUGUGCUCUUCUUUUCUGCCAGCUGUUACACCAGCAACAAAACCAUUCUAAAAUUAAAACUAUAUUUGGAGACUUUGGAAAUCCAAAGCUGUUGCUUAAUCAUACAGCACUGGAGGGCUUUGUGUUACAAUAUUAUUCCUGUGGAGAAGCCUAUUUAUUGUGCCCUCUAGGUAGACUUAUUUAUUUAUGCAGUUUCACUUUUUGUUUUUGAAGACAAGAUCCGGAUAGUUUUGGUGAAUGUCCAGACGCAUUGCAGAUGAUAACAUACAAGCAAAUUGUACAUUAAGCAGGAAGCUAUGGGUGCAUUCCUUCAUCUUCAGUAGAAACAAACAGUGAAAGCAAUAAUGUCCAAAUGGACCAGACAUUUUUAUACUAAAGACUUAAGUCCAUUUCUGCCUUGUGAAGUGUUAAUUCUUGAUUUUUUUAUAUUGGUACAAAUAAAACUAUAUAUACAUAGGUCAAA